AUGGUAGCAGAAUGCUUGGUUCGAAGAGUCUUGAUUGAUCCAGGGAGCAGCGCGAAUGUCAUGACAAGAGUAAUAUUUGACCUACUCGAGAUUGAACCAGAAAGGCUCAAACCCACAAGAAAUCCACUAUUAGGAUUCGAACCAGAAAGGCUCAAACCCACAAGAAAUCCACUAUUAGGAUUCGAUGGGAAGUGGGUAGAGCCUAUCAGCAUGGUCGAGUUGCCAGAACUUACUGUUGAAAGAGAAUUGAUGGAAAGUUUUGUUGUCGUUGAGAUUCACCCGUCUUAUAAUCUCUUGAUAGGAAGAGGGUGGAUUCACAGAGUCCAAGGUGUCCCAUCGACUUUGCACCAGGUAAUGAGAUGCUUAAGUCUAGAUGGGAGCAAAUUGAUUGAUAUCCAUGGGGGCCAGGUAGCAACCAAAGAGUGUUACUCUAUAACUCUGAAAGCUAGCGGGAAGGGAAAAACCCCUGUCCGAUCUGAUAACCCGAGAUAG